AUGUUGAAGUCGCGGUUUAAAGUUGUUGGGAAGGAGGCCCUUAUGGCAUCGUUGCCAUUGGAGCCCUCUGUGCCGAUGUGUAUAAGGAAGGGAUGCCUGGUGUCUGUGAUGGCAGGUGGUGCGCAUGGGAGCGGUAAGACUGCUAGUUUGGUUAUAGGUCACAAAUGGGUCAACUUCUGGACUAAUUUAGCCAGGUUUCGGUCCUGGAACAGCUCUCUGUACCACGUUCUCACGACUUCUGGGAAGGAGAAUCGUGCCCUGGUUGCCCCAAACAUCUCCAGAGGGUCGCCUUGGCUGAGUGCAUUGAAGCUGGUCGUAAGUAUAUUGUCGAAGAACUCGAAAGGGAUUACUAUCACAGACCCUCAGCGCAGUAUUUACCCAUUAGAGCUCGAUGGUACUCAAGAUUGGAACGUAUGGGGGCGUGACUCCCUGAUUGCAUUUGAACAGAACGAUAGUUUAGAUAUCAAACCUGCAUCUUUGAGCAGCUCUCUGAAGCGUGAUGCUCUGUUUUCCCAUAGUCAUAAGUAUCAAGUGGUUACUGGGCGCGGUAGUGUUUUAUUAGGUGGAUAUGGCGAUAUAUACUCAAUUGAUUUGAAGAAUAGCACGGAUGAUAUAGUAAUAAAUGCUCAGAAUAUCCUUGCAGUUUCUGGUAAAGGCCAGACUGAGACUAUGAAUGCUAUCGAGAACAAUCCAUUCAUCAUCUCCCAUACAGCCGCAUCGAACAUACCAGAGUUUACUUCAAAUGUUCAAGAACUAGCUGCUUUUGAAGACCCCAAACAGCAGCAAUCCCAGACCAUAGUGCAAAAGACUGUAAAGGAAGCUGCUCGUGCUUCUAAAGCAGUUUGGCAUUGGAUAUCCUAUGUAUAUAAAAAAACUGUCAUAUUCAGUAACAACAAUGGUCAUAAUAUCACUUCUCCAGCAUUUGUAAAGAUCAAGGGGCCAAGAACUAUCAUUAUACAGACAUCACAUGAGACUACACAACCCGUAAGUGUCAGUACUGUUGAUAUCCUUCCUAGAACAGUAGAGAACGCUAUUCCAGAAGUCGUUGAAACGCCAAAGGCAAAAUCUGAUAGCUAUAUAAAUUAUGCAACAGUGCAACCUGAUGGUAAUGUGACAUUUAGAAGUGUAUCAAACUUUAAUGAAACAAUUGCUGAACGGUACUAG